GGGAUGAUGCCACGUGGCAACAGUUAGACAGAAGGGUAUAAUUGACCCCAUAGUAUAACUGUAAGGGUAUAAUUGGCCCUAAAAUAUAACGAAGGGUAUGGAUGAACUAUUUUUCAAAGUUCAGGGGUAAUUUUGGCCCUUUUCCGUUUUAAGAAUAUGUCCAAGCCCAUGUCUUUAAGUCUUUUAACUCUUUAAGUGUUAAGUGUAAACCUACUAACAGAAGCUCACGUUAGAGUCUAAUGUCUUUAACUUAAAUUUUUAGCCUUUCUUUGUCAGCCAUUUGAUUUUAGGUUUUUUUUUUUUCGAAUUUAUACCUUUCUUUUUUUCUUGUCUGAAUGGGUCCUAAACUUCUAACAUUUUUCAUAUGAAAAGGACAGAGAUUGUAGAUUUGGAGGUUCCUAUAAAAGAUACUUCAGUAACAUCAGCAUUUGCUGCAACUCAAACACAUGCUGAAGAGAAGAGAAAUGACAAGUGGUUUCCAGCCAAUUACACGAUCUUUAUCGAGUUUCUCAAAUGCCUAAUGAAGAUUGUGCUAAUUGUAUUGGCUAUUGGACUCCAUAGGAUAAAAAAAUUCGAGGAAAGGAAAAGGCAACGUGCAUGGGCAGUUCAAAUUAUGAAGUUGAUGAUUGAGAAAGAAGAGCGUUACAAAGUCUAUGCAUAUACUGGGGAAAAGCCAGAAGAUAGGGACCACCAUAGUCAAGACGUUGCACCUCCUACAGAACCUCCCCAAAUAGUUGAGGAUGAUGAUAAAAAGGACGAAAACCAGAGUAAGAUUGCACCGACCAAGCAAUCACUAACUUCAAGCACAGACGAGAAAAAGAAAGAUGAUCACAAGUCCGAGUUGCCCAAGACGACCAAGGAGACACCCCUAUUAGUGGCAUCAAAGAUGGGAAUUGUAGAGAUGGUAAAGAGGAUCCUCAAUAAGUCCCCAGUAGCCAUUCAAGAUAUGGACUCUGACAAGAAGAAUGUCCUGCUUUUGGCUGCAGAGCAUAGGCAAACAGACGUCUAUAAUUGGUUAAUACGAGAAAAUUAUCCACCGUACGUUUAUUAUCAGGUGGAUAAACAUGGAAACAAUGCAGUGCACUUAGCUGCAAUGUCUCAGAAGUUCGAGGUGUGGCGCAUCCCUGGUAGUGCUCUACAGUUGCAAGGCGAAAGGAAGUGGUACAAGUAUGUCAAGCACUCUAUGCCCAAACAAUCAUAUGUUCCCCAUAACAAAAAUGGUAAGACACCAAGAAUGAUCUUCAGAGAGACGCAUUUACAUUUACUCAAAGAUGGCACUGAAUGGAUCAUCCAAACCGCCAAUUCAUGCUCUCUCAUUGCCGCACUGAUUGCUACAGUUGCAUUUGCUACAGCUGCCACGAUCCCAGGUGGAUCCGAUGAGUUUGGACAUCCACACUUGCAAAAUCAACUUGCUUUUGACCUGUUUUCUAUAUCGUCACUUGUUUCUCUUUGCUUCUCUGUCACGGCCCUGGUGUUUUUCUUAGCUAUCCUCACAUCUCGAUGCCGAUACAAUGAUUUCGAGAAAGACUUGCCAAGAAAGUUGCACAUUGGAUUAACUUCGCUUUUUGCAUCAAUAGCUGCUAUCUUGGUCUCAUUCUGUGCUGCACAUUUCUUUGUCCUCCAGGAUAAAUUCAAGAAAGUGGCAUUUCUAAUAUACGGGGCGACAUGCAUACCUGUGGUGUUUUUUGCAUUUAAUCAAUUCCCUCUCUUUGUUGAUCUCAUGAGUUCAUACCAAGAGCUACCACUUCGUAGCUAUAAGGAGUUUCGUACCGAUUCCUCGGUUGCAAGUAGCUCAGAUGAGAAGAAAGUAGAUAAAGAUAAAGCAUGA